AUGAGUGCGAACAAGCGCCGAAAAAUAUCGUCGUCAUGGGAAGUGAGAGAUGGCCCGAGAACGAGAUCGAGAACUUUCACCCUGGAGACCCUGCCGCCAGAAGUUUUGGAGAUGGUUUUCAAGUAUUUGCCUUGUCAAGUUGUCGCGACAUCCGCGAGACUCGUGUCCAGACAAUGUCAACUAGUAGCAACAUCAGUCCUAAACGGAGCAUUCAUCUCUGCGGGACAUCGCCUGGAAGCUGCCAUGCUUCGAACAGAGGCACGAAUAUCCCAGCUGAAAAACGAGACCGACGUCCUGGCCCACAGCCGGGCCUUCAACAUCCUAGAGCUGAUUCGCUCUCAGUACAAGAUGCUGAGAGCUGUAACCUGGCGCUACACACACCCACCGCGUCCAGAGAAGUUUCCCCGGCUGUGUUUUUACGCCGGGAGUCUCCUGGACGAGCUGAACAACCUUCUGUACCUCGCGAAUGUAAGACCAGCCGCUCUGAUCGGCCCCAAUGGACCGGAUGCAGUAGUAACCGCGUUCUUUGCCCUUUGCAAACGUUUCAUGAACUAUUUCGAGAAGGUCUCGGAACGCAAACUCAACAGAUCAGCCCUAGUAUCCGGUUGCAAGGCCAUCGACAUACUGGACUGCCUGGCAGAGGGACGCCGGGUAGUAGGAUUCCGAUUGACAACAGGACGCGGGAACCGCGGGAGCAUUCUCUGCAUGCAACUCCGGUACGUGAUGCGUCGCGCCUGGUUCACCUGUCUGGAAGUCCCGCGUGCCGUGGACGAGACAUCCUGGCGCGACGAGCAACGAUUCAUGCACCUGAGAUUGAGACGGUUGGUCGGAAGCGUGAACGAGCACCACUACGAGGCCGUCCACCACGACAGAGAAAGACUGAUGCACACCAAGAGGAUGCCGCUUCCAAGAAUCCCAGUCUCCUCGACCUACUCCGGCUACGGCGAGUACGGAGGACAAUUCUUCUACUACGGUAACAUGAACCGGUCAGCAUUUGCCAACAAGUUUCACCUUGCCCCAGAGUCUGAGGACUACGAAGCUGAUGACCGCCAGAAUUCUCGAGGAAUCUCCAAGUUCGACCUGACAAUUUCCGUGGAUCUUCGUUGCUCUCCGGAGCUCGCUCCCUUCUUGGUCAGGUCUAUUCUCAAGAGCGACGACUUUGAUCAUCCCAGAGCUUCCCAUAAUCCAGAAAUUUACAUGAAGAUGAAAGUCUCUUGCCCUGGAUCUGUCGCCAACAGACUCCCGGGUAAUUUUAUUUGGGAGCAGAAAGCUUGCAAGCGAUCUCAUAGUUAUUGA